CAUAUCUUGCCAUGGGUGACGACAAGCUAGCUGUGUGCUGUACCGUCUGCUGCAGCCUCAUCGGGAUACUUGGGUUGAUGCUGAUUACGGCUGCAUUCAUACUGGCGAAACGUCCACAGUCCAAUUUCGAGUGUUACAACCAAUGGGCCGUUGCUGUCGACGCCAAAGAGUGCAGUCCGGUGGCCAGAAAAAUCAUCAGCCUGGGAGGAAACAUCGCCGACGUCGCGGUCGCCAGCCUGCUAUGCAUGGGCGUCGUGUGGCCUCACGUCAUGGGCAUCGGCGGGGGAUUCUUGGCCGUGCAUUACAACCAAUCGGGGAAGAAGUCAGGUGUCUUAAUUUCUCGAGAAAUGGCCCCCUCAAAUAUACCAUAUGUCAUUCCAACAGACGGGCUGGGCGCAGGCGCCGUGGCGGUUCCAGGGGCAGUGUCCGGGUACAGCGAGCUACACACGAAGCUGGCGGGAAAACUGCAGUGGAAGGAACUCUUCGACCCGGCCAUUGACUUGGCUCUCAGCGGGUUCCCUGUCAGUUCCGUCUUGGGACGUGCUCUGAGCGAGGCGUCGCAGAUGAUCCAGGACAGACCCGACAUGAGGGAGGUUUUCUGGCGGAAGGAAUUCAACCGGGUGUUUAAGGAAGGCGAAAAGCUUCUUCAAGAAGGACUCGCCGCCAUUUUGAUAGAGCUUGCGAAACAAGGCACGGACUACUUCUACACAGGAAACCUCGCCAAGGCCAUUGUUGCGAAAGUCGGCCCGGACGUCAUAAACGCGGACGAUCUGAAGAGCUACAAGGCAGAAUGGAAACCAUCGCUGACGGCGCCCCUUGGCGGCGGAGACCUGCAACUUCACACCGCGCCGCCACCCGGCAGCGGCGCCAUUGUUGCUCGAGCUUUGCAAAUUAUUAAGGGAUACGAUCCGAAGGACCCUCGCAACGUUACCUGCCAUCGUUUAGUAGAAGCGUUGAAGCACGCUUUGGCACAGCUCCCUGAGCUUGGUGAUACCCCUGCUAUGGACAAGGUGAGUUCGCCGAAGCUCGAACUCCUCGAGAGCGAUUCCAGUUCUUCAUAA